AUGGUUGGUCCAGCCAUGAAUGAGAGAGUCAGGAAUUUGAAGCCAUGUGUCAUGGACCAAACAGUUCGUGAGCCUGCGACGAACACACCUUUUGGACACACAGGGUACAUGAAGUAUUUGACGCUCAAGAUCGUUCAAAGGAUGGGGUUCAAAGACAUCGCGAUUAGUGGCCAAUACUAUGGCGAUUCCUACACACCAGAGACCCAGAUCUUGGAGGAAAUGGAGGCGAGGAAAGAAAAAAUGACAGGUAUGAUCGUGAUGUUUGCUCCGAACAAAGAAGAUCGCAAGGCUGGUGUGGAAAGCAUCAAGCGCUUCAACGUGCCCAAUGCGUUUUUGGACCUCACCUUCAAGGCGAGUGUUCGCUUUGCCGAGGCCAACUUUGUGCAGUCAGUUCUAGAAGCGGUCGAAGAAUUGGAUGAAGUUUUUAACAAGAUGAAGUUGCCUCGGGAUCCUUGGCGCCCUGACCCUGAAGUCAACACAAAAGGUGGACAAGGUGAAAUCUCAUUGAACUUGGUAGACAUCAUGGAAUUUCUUGAUCUAAAGCCCAAUGGGGAGAUGAUCGCUGGCCACAAGCAGCGAAUGGAGGAAGCCUUUUCAACCUGGAAGAGAAGUGAAGUUUUUCGGCGCCGGGUAGUGGCAAUUCUAUUUGAAGAAGGGCGUGGCUUGGCAGGCUAUCAAGACUAUGGGCUUGUGACCAAGUUCCUGCGCGAGCAUUUCCCUGAAAAGGAGAAAUACCGCAUCCUGGUUCAUGCCCACGCUGGCAGUCAAAACCAAGAUGUUGCAAGUGUGGAGGCUGUGCAGAGAGGUGCGAAUGGUGUUUGGGCAGCCCUAAUUCCACAAGCUGCUCAGCUAGGCCACAACUCGUCAAUGGUGUUCCUUGACAACAUGCUUAGUUUGGGCAACCGUCAUGUGAUGGUAGAUUUCUGGUUGCAUCAAGCGCGUGAGUGCGCACGCCAUUGCUACUAUCUCAACUUCAACACCUACCGUAUCCCGGAUGACUGUCCAAUCUGGGGUCGUAGGGGUGAUCAACUCACCCACACGGCAUUUAGACGUCAUGAAGGUGGAGAUGAUUGGCGGAAAAGGCGAAACAACUAUUAUGAUGUCUGGGAACAUGAUCAGAGGAAGCAACUCCAGCCCAGAUCAGAUAUUCAAGGAGAAGUGGAGGUUGAGAGGUUGAAUCGUUCUGAAGCUGGCCCUAACAACUUUCGGAUCUCUCCACUUGUGUCAGACAAAGAGACAUGGAGGCAACGGAUUGCUGAACUCAAGGUACUCAGACCGCAAGAACGGGUGGGGGAUUGGGUAGAUGAUAUCAGGGCCCUGGGCUUUGCUCUGAUGAAUGCAAACAUCCGUGCAAACUUGAACGAGAAGGCGACCUUGCAAAGCCUUGCACAAAUUGCCCGCCGAAACCGCGACGAGUCAAUUCCAUGUAGGCAGAUCAAUCCAUAUUUGAAGACAAAUCAUCAAGGAAUUGGCGAAUGA